UUGUAAACAGUAGAAUGGUCAGAGAGACAAAUAGCUGAAAGAAGAAAAAAACAGUGUUGGCAGAGAGAAGGGAAGAGAUGGGUGAGACAAGGCCAGUGCCAAGGAGAGAGAGCCCAUGGGGAAUGCCAGAAGGGGAGCAUCGGCAACCUAAGGCUCAUCGUUGCAACGAUCGAGCUGAAGAUGUUAUCCAAGCUUGUUUUGAGGGGAACCCAUUUAAGACCGUUCCAGGACCUUUUAAGCUCUUUUGGCAGUGCAUGCGUUCUAAACCUGGGGAGGAACCAACAGAGCCAUACACCUAUUUGCAGCUGGAUCCCCCAAAGAGGGAGGUGGAGCUUGAAUGAAAUGCCCUUUUUUGCACUUUCUUUUAGAUUUUGAUCGUUGCUGUUACUGGAUGACACUUUUCGUAUCAGUCAUCUACGAGAAAGGUAGAUGUUCUGAAUGUCACUGAUAUAAGGCUCUCUUGGCAAUAAGUAGGAGUGUGUGAACAAAGAUUUUUAGAAGUAUUGCAGUGACUAUUAUCUAUUCAAAUGCUGGUUUUCUCUCAUUUGCAAUACACAGUUAUUUAUUCUUUGUUGAAUGGUAUUGUCCUUUUACUGGAAAA